UUGACUAAAUGAAGAGAGCCAAUAAUCCAAAAAGGUUGAAAUCGGGUUCAAGGACACCUUUUGGAUGAUUUAAGAACAUUCCGAGGAGCAAUACGAGGAAGAUGCCCCAAACUCAGCUAGAGCUAGCUGGGAAAAGCCAGAGGAUGGCGCCAGUACAAUUCCAAGUACCUAAAGGUAUGCAGCCACUCUCUGAUCAAGAAAUGCACCUGAUUCAGCUAUAUAGAAAGACAUCAAAGGAAAUUCCUAGUUCAAAAAAUUCUCAGAAAAAGAGCCAACAUCCAGUUUUGGGGCACAUAAGUGCUCUUAAAGCUGAAAUUAGCAAGUUAAACACAAAAGAUCUAGAGAGUCUUCACAUGAUUUCUCUAGGGAAGGAGAAUGCAAUAGAGGAAAUUCCUAAGAGGCCUAGUAGCUCAGAACCGAUCAAGGAAGAUUCUAAGAUCGGUGCUGAUGAUUCAGAUUCAGAGGAUUAUAGUAUAAAAGUUAGAUCUCCCCAGGAAAAGCUUGGGAAGGAAACUAGCCACCCUCUUACUCCUAAGGAGAAAAACCAUUUAAACAUUUAUAAGCAAGCUCUGAAGGACGCUGCAACCGAAAAUGAUCUUUUGAGGAGCGAAAUUAUAGCGAGUAGGAGGAAGACUGUUCAACUAGAGAUACAAAACAAUGAGAUGAAGGAUGCUAUUGUUGAACUUAGCGAAAGCCUUGAUAUCUUGACCAAUGGAAAGCUAGUUGAAACUCUAAAUAUUGACUAAACUGAC